AUGUCACUACGCUUGCAAAUCUUCCACUUUGUUCAUCUUCACUCACACGAAACCUUUGCAGGAGUCAUGGAGUUUCACUACACCAACCCCAACGUCAUGACGAGCAAGGAGAGCCACCCCGUGAAGCUCAACGUGCAGCCAGCCAUGGAGUUCGCCGUCGGUCAAGGGAGGAUGGAGACUGCGUCAGGCAACGGCGGGGAGGACAACAGGAGAGAUGAGAACUUCAACCCAGCAAGGGAGGAGAAUGCGAGAAUGGGAGUUGUGAUGAACGACAAAGAGAACAUCAACCCUGCUACUGGGAUGCCAAUCCCAGCUCAUCGCAACGUGCUGAGCUCCCUGUCGAGAGAGCCGCUGCGAUCGAUACAGAUCCAGGCUGACUACAACGCUAGCGAGGAGAACGUGCAGAAGAAGAAGCAAGACAACGUCGCCAAGAAGCAGUUCCACCUUCCUGCCCGAUCCCUCAGAUAA